CAGAGAAGGUGUAGCAGAUAACAUAAUUUUGUGAAAUGUUGUUGCACAUUAUGGAUUAAUUUCCCCCUUUCGGAUUAAAUUGACGUUAAUUUGGAUGUCUUGACAUUUAACUCAAUACCAUGGCGUCAAAAUAUACAAAUGUUCUGCUGGUUACAGCAAACGUUGGGUCGAUUUUUGAAGACCCCGAUAGAAUGCUGAAGAUGUGGUUAAACGAGUUCAUGGGGUGCAUCUCUCGUCUCCAGCCAGAUUUUAUAGCUGUUCAUUGUCAGGAGGUUGGAGGUAAAAACUAUGAAGAGUCUAUGCAGUUUGUCAAUGAUUUUAUCAAGUCACUUCUGGCAAGUGAUGAGCUUGAGUGUUACGACAAAGGACGGGUAUUUUUAGACGAGGAUUUCACAGCAGCUGAUAAAUUCACCGCACUAGGGAGUAUAUAUUUUGUCCACGAGUCAGUAAAAGAUGUACAAAUAUGGAACUUUGAAAAACAUGGUUUUGUGCCAGUUGACGGGAAAGAGGUGCUAUCUGGUAACAUAGAAUCAGUGCCAAUAAAAGAAAAGGCUAAAUUUCCAAAGGAGUUCUUCCCAGAGUGUCGUUGGUCCAGGAAAGGGUUUAUCCGGACGCGAUGGAUGCUGAACAACAGUGUGUUUGACUUAGUGAAUAUUCAUCUCUUCCACGAUGCAUCAAAUUUUGUCUCCAUGGAAUCCAGUCCAUCUAGUUAUGUAAAUUACCGACAAAGAGCACUGGAACACACAUUAAAUCGGUUAGAAAAUGACAGCCUAGAGAAUGUUCCCAUGUUCAUGUUUGGAGAUUUCAACUUCAGACUGGACAUGUAUCACUUAACUAAGAGAUUAACGGACAAAACCACUGUGCACAGCACAAAAAAUAAGAAAAAUGAACUCUCACAACUGAUAUAUAAAGACACAACUAACUCAGAGAAGAUGGUGCUAACAGUUGAGAAGAAAGCAUUUGAUCAUCAUGACCAACACCACGAACUCUUUGCUAAGGAACGAUGGCUUCAAGACUACGAUUUAGAACUGAGGGCUUUCCAUGACAGACUCCAUGAAUUUGAGGUCACCUUCCCUCCAAGCUAUCCGUAUAGUGAGGAUGUGGACGAUGGCACAUCAUAUAUGAAAACCCGUUGCCCGGCCUGGUGCGAUCGUAUUGUAUUGAAUCGUAGCGCCCAGGACUGCAUUACGACGAGUAUGCCAAUAGACUACAGUAUGAUUGGACCAACUGUAUGCAUGGGUGAUCACAAGCCAAUAUAUCUUCACUUCCACAUGCGCCAUGGCACAGGUAUGCUCCCAAUGAAGACUUCACCAAUCCUGCGACGACGCAUAAUCUCCAUAAAUGGCGAAGAGCUGCAAGACUCCAAAAUGGAUAACUUUAACAUACACGAAAAUGCGAAAUUUGAAAAAGAACAACAAUUACACCCCGAUAUACGCCGUAGUCUAAAAGGCCGCGUGCGAGAGGCACAAAAUGGCCGCCCUGGUUUGAAGACUAAGGUGCCGCCGUCAGAAUCUCCAACAUCAUCGUCAACUGUUUCUAAGGAAACCGAUGAGAUGCCACGCCCUCUUUCCAUCCAGGUACCGGAACAGCAGGUCCGCAUCUCGCAAAUCGAAUCAACGAAAUAUAUCCACGUGCGGCAAAACGGUGCAUCGGUGCGGGUUUUCCGUGAGACGUCAGUGUAAUAACAAAAAGUUACUUUAAAGUUUUUUCGGCCCACGAAUAAAAGCGUUAUCUAUCAAUAGGUACCCAGGGUGUUUAUGAAACGGGCAAAGUGUAAUAUGGAAUGUGUUCUCUUUUAGAUCGGCACGUUGCUGCUGAUGAUAUCAUGAUAAGAGAGUAUGUUGCUAUCCUCUGUAAAAUACUAGAGAUAAUCUAACAUGUCUAGAAAAAUGUACAUUUUGAAUGAACACUGUAAAAAUUGUAAAUUUUCAACCUGGUCAUUAUGAUGUGUCCAUGCAUAUGGGAUUUCAAUUCGAGAUUUCAGGGCAGAAAUACAUAAUAAUUGUUUUCCAAAGUACAAGCAACACUCGUGACCUCAUGGGGGCAACAGAUUUACACUUUAAAGUUUUCCAUUGUCGAAAGUUUAUUUCCUAAUGGGUUUUAAAAUACAGCACUAGAACAGCAGUACACUUUUAUGGACACAGUGCACGAAUCCAAUUUGAUUUAGUGUUACAUGUAUUAAUAGGUCUGCUGGCGGUCAGAUUGAAUCACUGUGCUUGAGCUAUUGUUUAAAGACAUUUCUAUCAAGUUCUAGUAAGUGUUUGUUGCUUUAUGAAGCACUGUUGUGACAGUAAAUCAUGGAAUUUUAUUCGUUAAGUGAUAUUUAUUUGUUAGUCACGUCCUUGACCUGUGUCCGCUAGAUAUCAUUUUGAAUUAUCUGAGGGCAGUUUGGUGCGCGGCUUUGCCUGGUCACCAAAAAAGGGAUGAAAAAGGUAUUGGAAUAUGAUGGAUGAUUCAAAACAGAGAGUCCUUAGUCCAGUUAUUACGAAGAGAGAGAAGUGAGAAGAAAAUUCUCGGCGUAAGGUCAAUUCUGGCGUAUAUUAUUGGAAAAAAGAAAUGUACAGUGCUUGAAGGUAUAUUUGAGAAGUUGUUACAAUCAGGGCUCAUGUUUGCGAUACAAAAAAUGGAUUGCUGAAAGCAUCUGAGCGCCCUCUUUUGUCAGUUUCAUCUUCUGGUUGUUAAGUAUUUACAGCUACUCAGACAUGCUUUCGGCUGUAUCAUCCUGUGUCGUUGACCAUGACAUCAGUUUGUUAAUAAUUUUGUAUUCGUAACUUAAACCUGUUAUAAAUACUCUAGGUUUUCUCAGAAUGUAUUUUCUUGCCCAUUUUAAGAUAAAAAUCCUAUCUUAAUUGGGUUGAUGUAAAUGUGAUUGGUAUAGCUUGUUUGAAUGGAAGGGCUGGGCUUAAUGACCAUUCAAUGAUACAAAUAUCGAAUUGGGAGAGAUUUGGACCACAAAAGAUAUGAAGAGGGGAUUUGUGUCAAAAUGUAGCUGAGAUCCCAUACGAACAUAUGGAUGACUCAGGCUUGCAACCCAUAUUGAAUGUGAUGGGUCACUAAUGUGUAUUUUGUUACCUAUCGUCAUGUCAGAAGCUUCCAGUUUCCAUUCAACUCCAGUGGUUUUAUUGGAGAGCCAGAUGAUGUUUCUAACUUUUGGUGAGAACUAACCAAAAGUUUGGG